GUUCGCACGUUUUUGAGGUUUGGAUUAUCAUGUAAAAUAUUUUGUAAACCAACAUGUAAAUUCCACUUUAUUAGCUUUUUUGUUUGUUUGUAGUUAAACAGAGAGCUACACAAUGGCUAUAUGUACUGUGCCCACCACGGGUAUCGAAACGCGAUUUCUAGCGUUGUAAAUCCGCAGGCUUACCAUUGUGCCACAUUAUUAGCAUUGGCAAGAUUAGAUUCCACAACUUUAAUUACACACUAUCGUGUGAUAUCCAGGGAAUAAGGAUGCCUAGAUCGAAACUGAGGAUGUUGUUAUAGGAGUGGGCACCGAUGCUUAUUGGUUGAGCGACGUUAAACACUCCCAUUGGUCGUCGGACGACUAACCAAGUGACUCCGUUACAGCCCGUACGCUUCACAGUGGUUUGAGAGCAAACGAAACAAGCUCACUAUCAGAAAAUUAGACACUUGUGGUAGGUAAGUUGAGAGUUAACAUAAAGUAAGUACUCGUUUUCAUUUUUUGUUUCCGUGUAGACUCCAGAGCAGAACAAGAACUCCUGGUGUUAUCAACCACGAAAGGUAUCACCGACAUUAAAAAUGUGACGUCAUCUCCAUUGUCACCUCUCAGUAAUCUAGAGACGGUUAAAACAACGAAUCAAAGUUCAACCUUCAUAUACUCCGUCAGAAAGAAACACGAACCAACAUUAAACUUCGUACACUUCACCAGAAGUCCUGGAACACCUUUGCAAUCCACCAAGAAAGUUUUAAGCUUUUUAUCAAUAAAACAUGAGUUUAACUACGUCACCUCGCGAUUAUUUAUCUGGAGAAAAUGUAGACAAUGUUAGUAGCACGGCUGUAGCCAGUAACAAUAAUCCAUUAGUGAAUAUGGAGGAUGACAACCUGGACAAUGUUAAUAGCACGGCUGUAGCCAGUAACAAUAAUCCAUUAGUGAAUAUGGAGGAUGACAACCUGCCUCUAAACAAAUGGACUUCAGAAAAUGAAGAAUUAAAAAUAAGUAGCGAGUGCAACACCGAGAAGAUGCAGCCAUUCCCGGAAGAAAACGGCCUACACGGUACUAAUAAUUGUAGUCGAGGCACACACGAGUCUCCACAGAACAUCAGCAACGUUCAGAGUGACGGUAUAGAUGUCACAGAAGGAAGUGAUCGUCAGCGAAAAAGUUGUGUAAAUACGGAAGCUGACAAAAUGUCGGUAACGAACUUUUCAGAAAAUAGUGGAACUGUUUCUGAACAAAGUGAUUGCCAGUUUCUAGAUCACCAAGUAAAAGAGAAUGAACUUAGUGGUAUCGAUACUGAAGAGAGAAAAUAUUUGCACAAUCGUAGUUUGGUUCCCCUAAAAAGGUGCCGGAAGGAUUCACAUGUGUUCGCAUCAGUCAAUAUGAAUCCUUGUCCCCGGCAGCGGACGAGACGAAUCGGCAUUAAUCUCUUCUUUCCCCUCUCUAUUCGAAGUUUACCUUCACAUCACAGACAUCUGGCUUCUAGAGGUUCCACUUUAAUGCUCUUAAGCCCCACUUCUAAUUCAUAUCAUCAGUUAUCUACCCAAAUGAUGUCCCAACGUUUGAGAUCAAUUGAGUAUUAUUACGAUUACAUCGAUGAGAGUUAUCAUAAGAAUGGCGAAAAAGUUUCUCAAACCACUAUCAAGCUUCACCAAAAUAGUUUACCACCAUCUGUAAUACCUCCCUUGACCUCUGACCUUUACAGAUACAGGUUUCAUUCUGACACACUUGCCCUGGAACAGCAGAAAUACAGUGAAGUAGGAAAACUUCUACGAACCUUAAGCAUGGAUUUCGAAAAAAGGUUUAGCCCAAAGGUAUCGUAAGGAAAAUAAGAAAAUGAAAAGAUUUCAAACUAUCAACUAUCAAACUGUCAACUAGUUUAGACCUCCAGGACAGCAAAGAAUUUUGUAAAUAAUUACGUGUUUCAAACUAUCUACUGUCAACUAGUUUGGACCUCCAGGACAGCAAAGAAUUUUGUAAAUAAUUACGUGUUUCAAACUAUCUACUGUCAACUAGUUUGGACCUCCAGGACAGCAAAGUAAUUUUGUAAAUAAUUACGUGUUUCAAACUAUCUACUGUCAACUAGUUUGGACCUCCAGGACAGCAAAUGAUUUUGUAAAUAAUUACGUGUUUCAAACUAUCUACUGUCAACUAGUUUGGACCUCCAGGACAGCAAAUAAUUUUGUAAAUAAUUACGUGUUUCAAACUGAUAAUUGGAAACUCUUCCCACUUUUACCAAAAGGUCAAGUAAUGAACGAUAGAUCUUGAAGGAUCUCUGUGUAAUAUUUGUAGACUUAAACUAUCUGGUAGAAGUGAAAACCUACCUGUUAUAACUGAAUGUUGAUGAUUUAUUUUAAAACAAGAACCAAAAACAUCGUUCUCGCGAAACAACUUUGAAUUUGUUUACUAAAACUUUAUCUACUUGCCAUUAUACAUUUUGUAAAUGUGUCAUUGUGGUAUAUUUGAUAUUGAAUAUUUCAGUGGCGAUACUGAUACAUAUAUGUCGAAAAAACGCUACAUAUAGCGUAUAAUAGAGAUUAAACACUACUUUCAUGACCGGUAAAAUAUGAACAAAAAACUUAAUAGAACCAUUUAUAAAAUCGAAAAAAGGUCGCUUCAGGUCUAAUAUUAUUAACGGUCGGAAACUUUGUUCGUGAGUUAAGUAUUUGAGGAUAUUAUACUCCUGUCUAUUUUUUGUAGCAGACUGAAAAAAAACACGCAAAAAAGUUUUUUAAAGAAGUGUUUUUAUGAUUUAUAUUUAUAUAGAUAUUUUUGUCUUCAUAUAUAAGAGUCUACUUCAGAUUUAAUCAAAAGUUCAGAAGAGCUUUCUGUACGACAAUGACAGUGGUGAUUGUAAAAAUGUACAGAAAACGUCUAUUCAUACUUAUACACGAUACUAUAGUUGGGGGACUCCGAAGUAACGCUAUAAUAAGUGUGUUGUUAGUAUUUUGGUUAGUUGGUGAAAAUUACUAUCAUUCAACGAAUAAGUUUGUUUGUAGUUAAGCUAUAUGUGCUCUGCCCACCACGGGUAUCGAAACUCGGUAUCUAGCGUUGUAGGUCCGCAGACAUACCGCUGUGCCACUGGGUAAAUAUAAUAAAUCUAAAUCUAAAUAAAAGUAGAAUAAAGUCGUUUUGUAUAAAAACCAAUUUGUGGAAUAAUACUAUUUCAAGCUAUUAUGACUGAUUUUUUUUUAAAUGACUAAACCACAGGUGUAUUCACAUCAUGAAAGUCGUUUGGCCGAAAUAUUGACCUUAACUAUUUGUCCCUUUCCGAUUUCCUGAUUUAACCAUUUCUUUGUAGUUUCUUACUCUUAUCAGCGACAUAUCAGGCAAGUUAUCUUGCGAUCUAGUGAACAAACUCAACUGAAAGUUUUGUUUGUAACAAUAAUAAUUAGAGAAGUGAAUAAAUAAACAAAGACAAUUGUACGUUUCACAUAUACUUCAUUUAUUCACGACCAUGGUUCCGCCAGUAAAGGCAUCAUCGGGUACUGACUGGAAUGGUUUGUAAACAGGUUUAUAUAUAUGUUUAAACAAAGAACCGGAAGUAACCUCGACAUUCACCUUGAAAC